GUUAAGCGUUUGACUUGACGUCUCACUGUACUACUGCUUCCGUAUCCCUGUCUCCCUCUCCUCCUGCCGGCACUGGGGAGAUCCCGUCCCGUCACUGCAAUGACUCUUCACCCGAUCGAUGUGGGAAAGGGACGUUUGAAAUGAUUUUUUGGACCUGCUUUGGCUGCCUGGACGCAAAAUCAGGAGGGGAGCCGCUCGGUUUUGUGUAACACGGUUAAAGGAAGAGACAGAUCCCGGGCCAGGCUGUUUAAAGUGGAUAUUAAAUAUUGUCGCAGAAGAUGCCGGAGAAGUUAACAGACAGUCAGAUUCCCACUUCGUCGAGGGCUUCAUCGUUCUUUAUUGAGAAUCUACUGGGCAGGGGGCGGAAUGGACAGGGAUCGAUGGCGGAUCACAGUCCGGGGGGCGCUGGUAUGGAGAUAGUCUCCCCCAGCGGAGUCUUGGAUGGACACCACGCCGAGAUAAGCACUCAAGUGCCCACUGGCUACAGCAGCGCAGCCCUGUCUCCACACAGAGAAGCGUCGUUGCGAUGGUACCGCGGAGGGACUGAACUGAACAUCAGAGCUGUGGAAACACCAAACAGCCCAAGGGAUGACACCAGGCGUUCCGAGGACCGCUGUUGCUCCAUACUGACUAGUGACAGAGAUUCCCCGGCCGUGUCCGAGCCUAUAACGGAGGGCAGCGACGAAACCGACCGAAAAACGGGUGACAGCAGCUUAACGGACGACAACGAGGAUGCGCAAAAUGGCUAUGAUACACGGUCGGAUCAGGACGCAGCCUUGGACCCGAGCUCCACCCGGAAGAAGAAGACCAGGACGGUGUUCAGUCGCAGUCAGGUGUUUCAGCUGGAGUCCACUUUUGAUGUAAAGCGGUACCUAAGCAGCUCGGAGAGGGCAGGGCUGGCAGCGUCUCUCCACCUGACGGAGACCCAGGUCAAAAUCUGGUUCCAGAACCGGAGAAAUAAAUGGAAGAGACAGUUGGCGGCGGAUCUUGAGGCUGCAAAUAUUUCACACUCGACCCAGCGGAUUGUCAGGGUCCCCAUCCUAUAUCAUGAGGGCCCCGGACCCACAGCAGCCCUGGGGUUCAACCUGAACGGGCACCAGGUUGCCCCAUCCGUUAUGGGCUUCUCCAACUCUAUCAGUUACCCCCUGUCCUCUUUCGCUCACUCCAUGAGUAUGUUAAGGUCACAGAUGACCGGCUUAGUGUAAAGACUGAAAACUGAUAUGACAAACUUUUUGUUUAUUUGUUUGUUUUGUAUUGUUUGUGCAUAUCAUUUGCCUACCCUAUUGAUACUGAAUUGUGCAAUAAAUCACGUGGCCGCAGAGGAACUAUUGUUGAUUGCAUCCAAAGAUAUGACAUGCAGAGACCAUUAUACUCACAGUUUAAUGAUGAAUCAUCUUUAUGUCUCCGUUUAUCAGUCUCUACAAGAGUCUAUAUGCUCUUGUCACAGUAGGCUGUAAUAAUAGUCAAGCAUGCCAAGGCCGAAGAUGGUGGCCGAAGCUGUUCGUGUAUGUUUGAAUGCACGCAUAUUUUUGCAAACUUUUAUAUUUAAAGACACGUUUUUUUCCAACUUGUCACUUUUUCACAUAAUAGGUAAAUA